CCACGAUGUUGAAAAGAAGAAAAAACGGCAUUUCCCUGCAUGGUCUGUAUUCAACAUGUGUGUGUUCUUAUCCUUUAUAUAAAUACAUACAUAUAUACAUAUAUAUAUACAUAUAUAUGUAUGUAUGUAUGUGUAUGUGUAUGUGUGCUUACAGAUCUCAUGUUCUCCCCGUUCCUUCUUUAAGGUCAUCGAGACCUCAGUUCUGGAAUGAUAUUCUAGGUCUUCUUUCUCCCCUUCCAACCACGUACUCCUCUUUUUUUUGGCGGUACAUUUUAUUAAAAAUUACAUUUGUGUCACUUGAACUUGAGGAAAAGGAGCGACGCGAACCUAUUACGUGAUCGCACGCGCCCAUGUGUGCUUCUUGUUGAGCA